CCUAAUUAAUGGGUAGAGCCGAUAAUGCACUCACUUGAUAUGUUCAUCACUUUAUUUAAAUUGAAGUUAAAUAUUACUGCACGUUCGUUGUCUAGUCAGUAAAAAUAGUUUGUUUACCAUCAGAAAUGUUGAUAUUAAACUCUAUAUGUGCUGGAGAUAAAACUCCUAAUAAGUCGGUACGCAAUACAGACAUAAGUGAAACACAUUCAAAAGACCGUUUAAUUCAGUCACCGUUAACAUGUUUCCACCGCUAAAGCGACCCCCGUAAUAUAAGCUAUCGAGUACACAACAGGCCACAACCGUCGACUUACAGACAGGCUCGUAUAGCUACCCGAGUACGUUUCACAUGGAAGGAAAAUAAAAAUUACAAAUGUCGUGGUUACCUUUAAUCAAAUGCAAAGCUAUCAUUAAGUCGACGCUUCGGCAAACUCGCUCGUCGUGCGCAUCGUCACUGUUAAUUAUAACAAUAUAUAUGUAUAAAAUAAAAUAAAAGAGACCGCUUCGUACCAAUACUAACAUAAAAAAUACGAGAAAAGAAAGAGAAGCUUUAAAAAAGAAAGGAGUGCAUCUACCCCCACCUCCGGUGGCCCCCACCGCGUCGGGCCGCCCCUGCGGCGGGCGCCACCCACCGCACCGCAAAAAUCGAGAGCGUCGACGGCGCGCGGGGUCAAACGGCGACGCGAGCGUGAAAAGAAGGAGCGGUGUGCGAGCAUCACGCACACAGAGGCGAGUGUGCGUGUGCGCGCCGAGAGGGACGGUCGACGAGAGAGCGGGACGGCGGCGCCAAUUACUAUCACCUGGCGGGCAGCUACCGCAUUACCCACUGCCGCCGCGCGCGCGACCACGCGCCCGCUGCACCACGCGGCUCGCUCCGCUCCUGUGACGCUCCGCUGUAUCCCGACUCUGCCCGCAAUCGAUACUCGCGGACUCGCGGCUACCCACUGUGCACCGUCGCGAGUGCAUCCCGUGCUACGCUCGCCGACUCUCGCUCAUCUCGGGGAUGCACCGCUACUGCUUCAGCCCGCGUCCUGAAUAGUGCCAACGCGCGACAAACACAACUGUGAAGUGUGUGCGGACAGUGACACAGACAUUAAACUUAACGUGAUCAUUUUACAAGUUUCCUGGCGAGUUACCCAGUACGAGAUGACGUCCCAGUUUGCCUUCAGAGGAUCUCCCCCCAAUCAGAGCACCAUCUCGACAGCCUCCAACAGUCCGCCGCCGGCGCAGGCGGGAAUGAGCGCGGGCGCGGGCGGCGCGAGCGCUGCGGCGCGGCCCAGCUCGCCCGCAGCCGCGGCCCCGCGCUGCUGCGACACCGGCCGACCUAUAUUCCAGGACCCUAUCACCGGACAGACAGUCUGCUCGUGUCAAUACGAGUUCCUCAACUACCAGAGGCUCGCAUCCGGCGUGCCCCUGUCUAUGUACAGUGCCCCUUACUCAGACGCCGCGGCGGCUACAGCUGCCGGUAUGGCGGCGUAUUUCCCCGCUCUAGCAGCUGAUCAACCACCAUUUUACACUAAUGCCGCUGCUGGCAUUGAACUAAAAGAAAAUCUCGCAGCAAGUGCAGCAACCUGGCCUUACCCAACAGUAUAUCACCCCUAUGAUGCAGCCUUCGCAGGAUAUCCUUUCAACGGGUAUGGAAUGGACCUUAAUGGCGCAAGAAGAAAAAAUGCGACAAGAGAAACUACGAGCACCUUAAAAGCAUGGCUAAACGAGCACAAGAAAAAUCCUUACCCAACGAAGGGAGAGAAGAUAAUGUUAGCUAUCAUCACCAAGAUGACGCUGACGCAGGUGUCGACGUGGUUCGCGAACGCGCGCCGCCGCCUCAAGAAGGAAAAUAAGAUGACGUGGGAACCGAGGAACAGGGUCGAUGACGAUGACAAUAAUAAUGAUGAUGAUGACCACAAAAGCAAUGAUGGCAAAGAUGGACUAGAUGGGAAAGACUCAGGAACGGGGUCUAGCGAAGAUGGAGAUAGACCACAACAGAGAUUGGAUAUGCUUGGGCAAAGAACGGAAUCAGAAUGGUCAGAAUCUAGAGCUGAUAGCGGUCCUGAAUCACCUGAACCCUAUGAACGACCUAUUCACCCAGCGUAUCAGCACUUACCUUCACGUGCUCCACCCGGCAGCACCCCAGCAUCUGCUAAGCCAAGAAUAUGGUCACUAGCGGACAUGGCUAGUAAAGAAGGUGAAGCCCCAGCACCGCCCUCUCCAGCAUCGGCGUUCUACCAGUCAGCAGCUGCGGCUGCGGCUGCUCGCCUCGCCCACCCUUACAGCCGACCUGAACUAUAUCGAGGCUUGUAUCCCCCAACUCACCCGGCGGACGUGGCUCUACUGGAGUACUCUCGUUCGCUGGCGCUAGCUGCGCCCGCGCCCGCGCCGCCCGCUCCUUCGCCGUCCUCAUCGUCCACAUCGUCGCUGGCCGAACCUCCACCUCCACCGCGAGCCUGACCACAAGCCCCCCGCCCGCCGCUGGCGCAUCGACAAUAAUUUCGAUCUCCUACGAAGAGUGCCGCGAGGGUGACUCAGCCUGUAAAUACCGAUAGACUAAUAUAAAUAUGUAUACAUACGUAUAAAUACGUGAUAAUAAUUAUUAUGCACCGGUAGAGAAGCUUAGAUUUGUGAUAGUGGACACAUGCGAGCGGUGUGCCACCUGCCACCGCCCGCGCCGUGAGGUUGACAACUCGCAAACGACGUCGACGCUGCGCCCGCGCCGACCGACCGACAAUACUAGGUGCUAUACAAGUUGGACCUUGCGACACAUUGCUGUAGUUAUUAUUGGAGGUGGAUAAACGAAGUGAUUUCAUUCAAAAAUAGGUAUUAAUAUGUGUUAAGUUUCUAUACAUAGAUAAAGAACACUGUUUUAGAUUAUUAUUUGUAUGUAGUGUAAAUUAUUAUUUCAAAUAUUCUACUUAUAUUUAGUGCCUAAUUACGUCCAGUGUUUUCUAUUGUUUGAUAGUUUCUUAAAAAAUCUAACAUUCGAAUUUUAAUAUUUAUUGAUACGAGGUCAGUAGUAUAACGAGUCGUUAAUAUAAGUUCUUACAUCUACAAUAUAUCAAUAAUUUAUAUCAGAUUUGGUGAGUUUUUCGAAAAAUCUGUAUAGUUUUUUCUAGUCAGAAGACUAUAAUUGUCUGUGUUAAACAUAAUUGAAAUUACAUGCCUAUUUCUAAUUCAUCAACUUUAAUUACUAACGGUGAGUUGCACCAUUUUGCUAUAACGAUAACCAAAGCGUUUUCCGUUGUCAAUUCGCGAUUUGACCAAUUACAUGGCUGGUUAUGGUAUGGUUAUUGUUUUAGUUGUACCGUGUAACUCGCCCUAAAUAAUUUUCAUUAAGUAGGGCUGGCAUAAACAAGGUAACUCCUGCGGUCCAUUCUCACACAACACCAAUGUUUAUUGAAUGUUGGAUUAUUUUAACAGCUAUCUACCAGACAAGAAAAAGAAAAUAAAAAAUUGUGUAGCAUCAGAAUUAGUGUACCCACCUAUUAUUAUAAAGUAGGUAAAGUGAAACACUUUUGAACCAUGUGGGACCAACGAAACGUGAAAUGCGGAAGAGAGUUGGGCUUCCUGCGAAAUUAAAAUAAUUAGACUCCAAAUAAAAGUUAUUCAUUGCUGUAAUACAUAAUUGUAGAAAAUUUAUUGUCACAAUUAAAAUAUUUAGCAUUGCCGUUAACUUUUGUUCGCUAACGGCAGAACAUUAUAAAAGUUAAACAAACCGUAUUUGUAUUACACAUGAGCGUCUAGGUACCUAAUUUACAUUUUCUUUUGUGCCAACUUAAACUUUAAUUGCUUUUAACUUGUAAUUAGUGUAUUUUUAUUAGUUUUUGGAUGUAAUUGGUGUUCAAUAUUUCAUUUCAGGUACCCUUUGCAUAGGUAUUGCGAUUGUUUGACCCUUUUUUAAGGUAUAGAACCUUAGAUCUAAAAAGCUAAAUAUUAUUAACAUUUUCAUUGCAAAUUGGAUAUACUUUAUAUUUACUUUACUACUACUUUUUGGAUAUACUUAUAACUUUUUAACCAGCAUUACUUCAACUUAAAUAGGUAUAUUGAUAUAAGACCUAUAAACAGUACAGCAUAUUUAUGCUUCGAUUUCGGAUCUGCCGUCCUCUUACAAGUAAUGCAAAUAUAGAUCGGAAUAAAUAUAUGAAGUGGAGGAAGAUAUUCAUAAACCCGAGCUGUUUCGGUGAUGAUGCGCUUUCGUAAUCCCGCUGCAGCGGUAGACGUAAUUCACAUUCAAUAUCCACCGCGUUGCCAGCCCUACUCGAAUUCGUAUCAUCUAUAGCAUUUACACAACAUUCGUCUUCAUAGCAAUUUGUCAUAACUUCAUAAAAAUGGCCUUGUAUAGAUGGAAACAAUAAAUGAAUAUAAAUUAUCAUCAUCGAUUUAUUUCAAAACAUUGUAUAAUAUUUUCUUUUCAAUAUUGUAGAGACUGAAAGUCCAAAAUUGAGUCUAUAGUUUUGUACAUACGUCACUGUUGUAAGUAUAUAUUGUAAUAAUAACGUGAGUAUUUAAGAGAGGUAAAUGCAAUAAUUUUUCUGUAUUAGAAAUCCUGUUGAUGUAAAUAAAAACACGGAUGGAAGACGUGAUUCUUCAAGGUAGUUAUGUAAACAACGAAAAUAUGUGUAUUCGACUAUAAACGACAUACGAAUAUCUUAAUGACAAUGUAUAUUUUUUAUUAAACAACAAGUACUUACAUUUCUGAAUUCACAUUUACUGUAAUUAUUGUAGUGUCAGUGUCAUUCAGAAAACUGUAGUGUCAGAAUUUAUUGUAUUAUAAUUGGGUUAAGUUAAAAAAACAAAUUAACUGUUGAUAAAAUUAUUACAUGUUGUCUAAUUUUGUUAGCUUCAAACGUCUUUUAACCGUUUUCCCAGAAAGGUGUGUGAAUAGAUGCAAUAAAAUUUAAUACAGAAAUA